GCCGCUUCCGGUGUGGGCGGAAAGCGGAAGUGUGGGAGGGUCUGCGGGGCGUGCUCUGGGAGGUCCUGGGGGAGGAUGGAGCAGUGAGUGAGUCUGGGCGGCUGCUGGCAGCGCCAUGGAGACGGUGCAGCUGAGGAACCCGCCGCGCCGGCAGCUGAAAAAGUUGGAUGAAGAUAGUUUAACUAAACAGCCGGAAGAAGUGUUUGAUGUCUUAGAGAAACUUGGAGAAGGGUCCUAUGGCAGCGUAUACAAAGCUAUUCAUAAAGAGACAGGCCAGAUUGUGGCUAUUAAGCAAGUUCCUGUGGAAUCAGACCUGCAGGAGAUAAUCAAAGAAAUCUCUAUAAUGCAGCAAUGUGACAGCCCUCAUGUAGUCAAAUAUUAUGGCAGUUAUUUUAAGAACACAGACUUGUGGAUCGUUAUGGAGUACUGUGGGGCUGGUUCUGUGUCUGAUAUCAUUCGAUUACGAAAUAAAACAUUAACAGAAGAUGAAAUAGCUACAAUAUUACAAUCAACGCUUAAGGGACUGGAAUACCUUCAUUUCAUGAGAAAAAUACACCGAGAUAUCAAGGCAGGAAAUAUUUUGUUAAAUACAGAAGGAAAUGCAAAACUUGCAGAUUUUGGGGUAGCAGGUCAACUUACAGAUACUAUGGCCAAACGAAAUACAGUCAUAGGAACACCAUUUUGGAUGGCUCCAGAAGUGAUUCAGGAAAUUGGGUACAACUGCGUGGCAGACAUCUGGUCAUUGGGAAUAACUGCCAUAGAAAUGGCUGAAGGGAAGCCCCCAUAUGCCGAUAUCCAUCCAAUGAGAGCAAUCUUUAUGAUUCCUACCAACCCUCCUCCCACAUUCCGAAAGCCAGAACUGUGGUCAGAUAGCUUCAUGGAUUUUGUGAAGCAGUGUCUUGUAAAGAGCCCUGAGCAUAGAGCCACAGCCACUCAACUCCUACAGCACCCGUUCGUCAAGAGCGCCAAAGGAGUGUCGAUCCUGCGGGACUUGAUUAACGAAGCCAUGGAUGUGAAACUGAAACGCCAGGAAGCCCAGCAGCGGGAGGUGGACCACGAGGAAGAAGAAAACUCGGAGGAGGAUGAAUUGGAUUCUGGCACCAUGGUUCGAGCAGCAGGUGAUGAGAUGGGCACUGUCCGAGUAGCCAGCACCAUGAGUGAUGGAGCCAAUACGAUGAUUGAGCACGACGGAACAUUGCUGUCACAGCUGGGUACCAUGGUGAUCAAUGCUGAGGAUGAGGAAGAGGAAGGAACUAUGAAAAGAAGGGAUGAGACCAUGCAGCCUGCAAAACCAUCUUUCCUUGAAUACUUUGAACAAAAAGAAAAGGAAAAUCAGAUCAACAGCUUUGGCAAGAGUGGGUCUGGUCCACUGAAGAACUCUUCAGAUUGGAAAGUGCCACAGGAUGGAGACUAUGAGUUUAAAACCAGCCAAGAACAGCAGUCUGAAAAAGACAUACGUAUCCAAAAUUGCCAGGGAAACCUGCUGUUUACUUACAUAUGCUUUCUGAGAAACCGCAUGCUUAAGAGCUGGACAGUGGAGGACCUUCGGAAGAGGCUGUUGGCCCUCGACCCCAUGAUGGAGCAGGAAAUUGAAGAGAUCCGGCAGAAGUACCAAUCCAAGCGGCAGCCCAUCUUGGAUGCCAUUGAGGCUAAGAAGCGGCGGCAACAGAACUUCUGAGCCAGGCCGGGCGGGAGGGCCCACCCCCACUGGCCUCCGCUGAGCUCGGAUCGGACCGCUCGCUGCGCACGCUGGUGGGCCACCACCCGCCGCGGCUUCUCCAGGCACCUGUGAGCUCAGGAACGUGCGCCGGAGGGAAGGCUGCCCGCUGGUCAGCGAGCGAGUCGUCAGGUUUAUUGUUUCAAAGGAUUUGUGUGGGCACUUUUAAACUCAGAGUUUCGAACCCCAGGAACAGAGACUCCUAGUCAAAUGACAGCUGGGAAAGUUUUACAUCGUCUCUUGUUUUUCUUCUCCCAGUAGCCUUCAGCUGUUCUUUCCGGAAGACUUUUUAAAAACCAUAAAUAUGCAUAUAUGUGUAAAUUGUAACUAGAUUCCCCACUCCGUGUGGUGGCAUCUCUGUACAGGUACAGUUCUUCUGCCUCUUUUCUGUGAGAUGAUGGUACUGUGGAACACAGGGCAGGCACACUGGGGGCCACUCCACUCCCAGAAGCCAACCUCACCCUUUUGCAGGGCUGCUUAUUUAAAAAUUAGGUCCGGGCCAGUUUUCACCACGUCUCGGCCUUGUGUAGGUCAUCCCGGCUCCUGGAGCUGUCGGUGGCGUCCAGGGGAAAGCCUGGAGAGGCGUGUUUACUUUUGAGUCCCCGGAGAAGCCUGGCGCCUUCUCUGCAAAUUGGCCUUUGUGGUUUCAGCGUCUUUUAUCCACCUCCACUCUCCCGACUGCCGGAGUCACCGCCCAGAUCCUGCCCAGUGCCUUAAGAGGAGACGUGACCCAGCGAGGGGGCAGGCCUGCUAGGAUCUCCCAGCAAACACGGGGCUGUGAUCCAUCCACAAAAGGGAAAGGGCUUUGAAGUUCUCAUUGUUCAUGAGAAGAUCACACGCGUGGCAUUUUGCACUGCAUUCCUUACAGACGGGUAGGAGGCAUGGAUUUUGUGAUCCACAUUCAAAUAUGUGACUUUUUUAUUUUAUUGCUAAGAGGUCUGGAAGGGAUAGUGAAUGUCAGACUGAGAUUUGUUCUCCAGGAGGCUCAACCCACACACGUGGAAGUCGGAGCUGGAAGGGACCCUAGCUGUCUGUUAUGGCUGAGGCCGGAAAGGGCAAGCAGAAUGGCCCAAAUCACAAAGCAGGUGGAAGUGGGAGCUGCUCCCUCCCCUUCACUGAACCAGCAGCCCCUUCUCCAAGAGAAGAGACCCAUUCGGUUUUGGUUAAGUUACUCCAGGCAAGCCUGCUAAUGGGAACUUGCUCUCGCUUUCUCCCUUCAACGGGUGAGGCUGUGAGGAGAUUCCCAGGGGAGCUAGAUCCUGUGCCAGCCCCUCCAUGGCCUCUGCACCAUCUGCCGGACAGCAGACAGGCCUCCUGCAGGCAGAUUUACGGCCAAAAGCAGAGCAGAGGGCUCGCAGAAGACAGCACCGAGCCCUUCUGCAGCGAUGGCUCAGGGCCGCCCGUCACUUAGUCACACGGCAAAGAGGAGACAGUUGGGAAGGGCAAAUGUGUUUUUAUUCCCAAAUAUCUCUUCUUCUCAGAUAGGGAUCUGGGCCUGGGUUGCACCUAAGGACACUGAAAUUAGACCCCAGAAUUGCUUUUGCUUCUCAAACCUGGAAAUCAAUAGAAAGGCGGGGGAAUGUUCCUCUUCUGUGGCCAGAUUCUGUUCUUUGCGAUUAAAGCAAGUUUUGAAAAAUGCAAGAGCCAGUUGUUCUGCAGGGCUUGGCCAGUUAAGCAGCUGUGUGGCAGAUACAGAGAACAGGGACAAUCUGAGGGUCCCCCUGGAAUAAUAAAUGGCAGCUAGCACUCAUUGACCACGUGAUGUGCCCGGCACAUUGCCCAGUAGACCCUUUCUGUGAGCUCCAAAUUUCACGGUAACUGUGAGUUAAGUUCUUUAUCUCCAUGUCAUAGACAAACAGGUUCGGGGAAGGCAGUGUAGCUAGUAAGUGAUAGAACCAGGAUUCGUAACAUCACUGUAUGGGACCAGCAUUUACAGGGGAAAGUUUUUUUUAAAUGAAGGGACCACCUUUUCUCACUCAGACUAAAUAACUCUUAACAGGCAUUUGUAAGCUGGAAACAGCUGAAUUAGUAGUCAAGUCUGACAGCCAAGUGAAUUUUAA